ACACCAUAUUUUUUCAAGUAUGGUUUUGGUGAAUUAGUUCUCACAAAAACAAAUUUAGAGUUAAAAAAACCUAGCUACUGGAUUAGCAACUGCAUAAUCUACUUUCAGGCAUCGCAUAUGUUUGAGAUCAUAGGUGUAAAUCGAGGUCACCUCCUACCCGAGUUAUGAGUGGAGAGUUCCGUGUAAGGGGUGCCUAGGUUUGGGUGGGAAGGUGAGAUCUCGUCUGCACGGUGCUGUACUUUCUUAUUGUCACGGUCUCUCAGCGGGGCUGGUAACGUUCCCCAGAGAAACCUUGUGUAUUUAGCAGCAUGUGGACUUAAUGGUCCCGAAAGGGUUUUGUUUUGUGUCUGAACAGAUUGCUAAAGACAUGAAUCCGGCCAAAUUAAAAAGAGAGAAAGACAAGCCCUAGGUGGCGUAAAUUGGGAAACAGGAUUGAUUUGCAAACUGCGAACUGAUUUCCAAACUGCUCAGGUUCAAAUAGCCCCCGGGAGCAGAUCUCUAAGGGCUGGCAGGCACAGCAGAGAAAAAAAGGAGGCGGGGAAGAAGAGGACGCAGAGUGGGAGCGAGGGGUGAGCAGAGAGGCUGCCCUGGUCGGAGAAGUGUAGAAGAGCUAAAAGUUCCUCAAAACUUUACCCUGGGGAGGCAGAGGAGGGGAUCGCGGCGAACCUGGGGCUGGAGCCGCCACGGCACUCGCAGGAGCCAGCCAACAGGCUGAGGCGACUCUGCCUCACAAUUGGCUGGGGAGAUCAGCGUGUGUCGGAAGGGAGGGCCAGGCAGGCAGCUCGCCGCCUUUCCUACCCCGGCUCCCUGGAGGAAGCCGUGGGCGUGACGUGCGUGGCUCGGAGGGGGGCCUGGUGCAAGCUCCCCCCCUUCCCCAGGCAGGGGGAGGAGUGAGGCGGGCAGAGCCGGGGAGCGGGGCUGUGCGCGCUCAGAGAGCCGGGGGACUGGUGGGAGCUGUUGUCGCACCUGGUGCGUUGUGACAGGGCAGGGCUCCAGCCCGGCACCGCUUCCCGCCGCGGGGCUCUGGGUUGGCUGCAGCUCACCAGCGCGGCUCCCCCCUCUCCUUCCUGCGCUUGCCGGGCCGGCGGGUGGCAGCGGCUCUGCCCCGGCCCCCAUGGCUUCAGCCGGCAGCGGGAUGGAGGAGGUGCGCGUGUCGGUGCUGACCCCGCUCAAGCUAGUGGGGCUGAUGUGCAUCUUCCUGUCGCUGUGCCUGGAUCUGGGAGCCGUGCUGAGCCCGGCCUGGGUCACGGCCGACCACCAGUAUUACCUGUCCCUGUGGGAGUCCUGCCGCAAGCCCGGCAACUUGGACAGCUGGCUCUGCGAGUCCACCCUGCACAGCGACUGGCAGAUAGCGACUCUCGCUUUGCUUCUGGGUGGUGCUACCAUCAUUCUCAUAGCUUUCCUGAUUGGUUUGAUCUCGAUCUGUGUGGGUUCUCGAAGGCGGUUCUACAGACCACUCGCAGUCAUGCUCUUUGCAGCAGUUGUUCUUCAGGCGUGCAGCCUAGUCCUUUAUCCAGUCAAGUUCAUCGAGACAGUCAACUUGAAAAUAUACCAUGAGUUCAAUUGGGGCUAUGGUCUGGCUUGGGGUGCAACUAUAUUUUCAUUUGGGGGUGCCCUCCUUUAUUGCCUGAACCCUAAGAUCUAUGAAGACUACUACUAGUAGAAAAGAAAAGAAAUAACAAAAGGAUUACUCCAUCUUUUCUAACUCGCUACUUUUUAGAAUAUUCGUGGAGCACCAAGCAGUCUGCUCUGUUGAUUUAAUAGCCUUUGCCUUUUGGCUGCAAACAUUAUAACUAGCUUUUACAUCCAUUUAAGAGAACUGCGAAAAUUAAGAUUGCUGAGCUUACACAGGCAAAUGUUGGAAGCUGCUGAUACGUUAAUGUCAUUUUUCUUGACAACAAGCAAAGGAUCUACAUACAGCAAUCAUUGUGAGAGACGUUGCUGGAAUGAAAAUGCAGUGCCUGAUUCUGCCAUCACCUGCAGGGGAGCAGCUGGCAUAAGCUCCAUUUAGAAGUUUCCUUAUAUCAUGGCGGAUUCAGAUGUCAUGAUAGCAGGUGAUGCCAUCUUACAUCAAUAAGUGGUGUUGGGCCCUGGUCACUUGCUAGAAAAAGCUCUUGAGGAAUUAGUUGCAAGUGACUAUGUGUUGGGGGCAAAGAAUGUAAAUGACCAAUGACUUUCCUAAUGUCUGCAUUGGAUAGUCUGC